AGUUUAUUAACUUACAUUUUCCAACUUAACUUUGCCACCUAAUUUCCAAGAUUGUUGUUUAGCUCGACCACAGCAACAGAUUUCAACACCACGAAGAAUUCAUGUUGCUUUACAUUCGCGAGGUCCAAUCCAAAAAGUAACUAUAUUAUUAAAAGAUCUCUUUAAAAUGCUUUCCUAAUCUUUCGCUUCUAUCUUAACCAGUUCGUCGGCUUUCAAAUCUAAAUCCUAUACUUUUGAAUCAUUUUUGUUUGGUUUAAAAUUACGACCAAGACUUAUAUCAGUCUUUUUGAUUAGUACACUUGUUUGCUCAGCGAGAAAAGGCUUGUACUUGUACUCAAAUGGUUUGCCAAUAAAGUAACUUUAUUGGUUGGAAUCCGUGAACCAAUCAACCACCGGGCCGAAGACGCAUAAGUCGGAGUCCGCUUGGAGUUAUUUGAGGUCUUGUAGAGUCCCUGCUAACAAGAAUUUGACUGAGCCGACGCUUAGGAUGUCUGUAUAGAUUGCUUUCUCCUCUUGUUGGCAUUCUUGUGAAAAGCUUGAUACAACUCUCUUAAGUUGGCAAGAAAGCGAGAACUAUCCAGAGAACCUGACACGAGAGCUAGCCCCGGAAACCACACAUGGAUUUGUCUACGCUGUUGUGUCACUUCAUAAUCCUCACUGCUUGUGAUAUUGGGGGAUUCGUGAGGUCAGAAGUAGUGGACAGUGACAAGCCGGGAUUUGCUGCCCAAUUCAAGCCGGAUAAUCUCCAUUUACGUUUGAAAAGAAGUGAACUGGAACGAUAUUUUGGUGUAAGCUCACUGAAGGAAGUACCAGAAUACGAAGUCAUUUCUCCCAUUCAAGUUGAUGACGACAACAGGUUUCUUUCGCAAAAUCUUAACAUUCACGCAAGGCAGAAAAGACACGCGGAAGAGCCAGGUGUCUGGUACUAUAAUGUCAAAGCUUUUGGUAUGUCGCUCCAUCUCAACCUUACUAAGAAUGAAGAACUCAUGUCACCAUGGAUGACUGUUGAGCGACACGAGAAUGGAACAGUUACAAGCGAGGAUCCGCCGCACAAUACCUUUUUCAAUGGUCACGUGAAUUCGGAACCUGGAUCUUUGGUUGCCGUUAGUAAUGGGAAUGGACUAAUGGGUAUAAUUCAGCUAAUGGACCAAACACUGUUCCUUCAACCACUCGCCAGCCACCUUGUAACUGACGGCAAUGCUAAAGUAAACAACCACCUCAUAUACAGACGUUCAAUUGACGAGAAAAAUACACCAAAACGAUACAAAGAAUUGUUAUCAGAAGCCAGAGAAAAGAAAGAUGUGACCUUUGCCAAGGAGUCUCAGAAGAGAAGCAAAGGCAGUGACGAUGAUGAUCUUAAGUACCUUGAGAUGACCCUAGUAGCUGAUAAAUACACAUUAUCAUUUCACGGCGACGGUACUACUAAAUAUUUGCUGAUGCUUGCAAACCUGCUCAACACUAUAUAUCAUCACGAUACUAUCGGCAAGAAGAAAAUCACCAUCUCAGUUGUGCAAAUUAAACUUGUAAAAGAUGGACUUGCCUAUUAUCCGAAUACUGGGAACCCAACCAAGCUUUCAGCUCUCAAGGAAUGGGCAAAAGUUGUCAAAAUUCCAACAUCAGAUUCCAAUCCCAGUCACCCUGACGUCAUAUCAUUAGUUACUCGGUAAUAUGUCGCGUAUUCUAAAACCAGAUCCCUUUGAUAAUCCACGGAAGACUGUAAAGAUCCGUGGAAGAUCUACAGGUAGUUGCACUACUAUGAAACGGAACUAGGUUUCUAUGUAUGGAGCCAUGGCUUAAGUUAAUUCAGUUUAAGUAAUAAAUCAUGAUUAAACAGCCAGUAAAAGUAUCCUAGAGAUUCAAGAAAUUGUGGAAGUUUGAAACUAAUCCUAUUGCUAAAUGUAUUUCAUCUGGUUUGUUUGGUUUGUUUUGUUUGUUUUCUGCCGUUUCUUUGUUUCUCAUUUGUCAGCUUGGUCAAGUCAGCUA